AAUGGCUACGAAAUCUAAUGAUAAUGAAACUGAGGAAUUGACAGCAGGAACUAGUGAUUUAAAAUUAGAUUCUGAGCACUUUGAAUGUAAAAUAAAAAUACCAAUAAAACUACUGCUUCAUCAAAGGUCAGACAGAACUGUCCUAGACAAAAAGCGCACACCCUUGGAUAUAGCUACUGAGGAUCAUCCUAAUGGAGUAUUUUUCUACCCACGACUGGUGGACAAUGUUGGAGACACACAACAAACUAUUAAAUUAUACAGCGAUUGGGAUAAAGAAAAAAGAAUAUUUCAUUUGAAAACAAUAAAUCUCAACUUAGAAAAAAGAAAAAUUACCAUUUUUCCACGUGACUUUAAAGGAAAUGAGGAGAAACCAGGACUUUUAACUUAUAAUAUUUCAAAGGAUGGCAAAUGUGAUUUCGAAAAGUCUCAAUUGAUCAUUGAAUGGAAUCAAGAUACAAGCAUGAAUGCAACUUUGGAGGAAAAAUUGGAUAGAGUUCGGAAUAUAAGAAUUGGAGCAUUUAAUAUUAAAAAGGGAAAGAUUGAGCAAGAAAUUUCAAAAGUCAUACAAAAUUUUGAUUUGCUUGCCUUACAAGAAUUGACAGCUGACCCUAUAGAUUAUGGAAAAAUAUUGAAAAAUUUAAAUGAACAGCUAAAUGAGAAAAAUCAAUGUCCAUAUUACAUAAUAAUUGGCGGAAAAUUCCACAAUGAAAACUCUGCUUAUCUUUACAAUACAAAAUAUUUUGUUAAUAUUUGCAACACUGACAGUAAAGAUUUGGAUUGUGCAAAAACAUGGGAGGCUGAAGAAGAAAAUCAUAAAAUGUUGAUGCAUCAAUUUUUUCGACCACCACUUAUUGUUUCUUUUCAAACAAAAUAUUGUGAAUUGGAUACAUUUACCUUUAUUUCUUUGCAUACUAACCCUAAUAAGAAUGCAAAAAAUAAAAAAAUUGGAAAUAUAUUACAUUGUUACCCUUCAACAGUUACAGGGAUAAACAAUCUUUUCAAAUUGUCAAAAGAUAUAACAACAGAAUAUCAUGAUGAGGUUGUGAUUCUCUUGGGAAAAAAAUAUUAG